AUGUUUACCAUUUCUUUUCGCUACCUCAUUGCGAUUAAACAUUAUAACGUGUCCUACGAAAUUUGGGGUGUUACACGAAAACACGGGGUGUUACACCAAGAACAAGAGUUAGAUGAGGAUGAAGAUGUUGCGGUUGAAGAAAAUCCCGUGAACGAAAAUGUAGCCGAACCGGAAAGAGAAAGAAAAGGAAAAGCGAAACGGGAAACUUGGACGCCUAGACAAGAAGAGGCGUUGGCAAAGGCUUUUGUUCAUUGCACUUUGAAUAAAAAGAAAGGCAAUCAACAAAAGGCGGAUGGGUUUUGGAAGAAAGUUCUAAACCACUACAAUGAAACGGUCGGAGGAAGUAACCGAACCCACUACCAAGUUCGCUCAAAAUGGAUGACGAUGCAAACAAAAAUUAACACAUUCAACGGUCUAUAUCAUCAAGCGGAUCGUUUACGUCCUAGCGGGUGUGACGAUGCUUAUGUAAUGAAGCAAGCGCUAAAGGAUUACAAAGGCAAGGAAAAACUUGAUUUUGCUCAUAUUGCGGCUUGGGAGAUUGUUAGAACAAAUCAAAAGUGGUCGCCGGUACCUUUGUUGAACGAAGAAAGCUCCGGCUCGGGUCUAAAAAGAAAGUCUUCGGAUUCGGGAAAUUAUACACGAGGAUCACCGAAAGUCGAAAUCUCGAGCGGAUUCGGUAUUCCCGACAUAAACGAGGAUCCUUCACCACCACCAAGACGACAAACGAGAAAGGAGAAAAAGGACAAAGGGCCGUCUUCAAGAAACGAAGAUCCAAGAGAUAUAACACACAAAUUCGAAGAGUACAAGGCCAUGAAAAAAGAGAUAAUGGAAAUUAAACGUAUACGAGAAGAAAAGUACUUGACCUUGGCGGAUGAGCAACGAGAGGCAUUGCGACAAACAAUGUUCGACAAGGACUUGGAGACGUAUAAUCGGCCUACCGAGAAUGUUCACCCUGCGAUGUUGGAAAUCACACUCGCUAGAAAACGUGGGAUCGCAAAAAAAUAUGGAUGCCCUUGUGAUUUUUAG